AUGACUUUAUUAAACCUAUGCAGAGGUCAGGAUGGUAAAGCCCCUCACUUCACUCAAAAGCCCACCAUCAAACAGCAACAGAACCUCCUGCUCAUGACCUGUCUGCUGGAAGCUAAGCCCACACCGCAGAUCAGGUGGUUUAGAGACACGACAGAGAUAGGAGAUGGCGGCCGCUACUCAAUCACCUUGCAGCGAGAUGCAAGCGGCGCAGAUCUCUACACUGUUGUGCUUCAGAUCAAGGUCAAUGCAACAUUUAAUAAUUUAAUGCAGUAAAAGCUUGGAUUGGGAAUAACUUGUUUUUUUUAAUAUUUCACGAGACGAUUAAAAAAAUUUAAAUAAAUUUAGACUUGCUUAAUUGGCCAUAUCUUGCUACACCAGUAGUGCUUUUACUGCUGAGUGUCACAUGAUCACAACUGAGCCAAUGGUCAAUAGUCUCCCACGCUAGGUCACAGUUGGCCCACCUCACUUGUGUUGUCAAGAUCCAGGAACUGUUUGCUAGGCUGUAGCCCACGCUAGGUCACAGUUGGCCCACCUCACUUGUGUUGUCAAGAUCCAGGAACUGUUUGCUAGGCUGUAGCCUGUAGCAGUGCCGGCCAUAAAUCUGUUUAAUGAAAAUGCAAUGUCGAUUUCUGUGAAAUCAUCAAAUGGGGGUAAAACAAGAGUCAUUGGUUACGCUCCUUGUUAAAGUUGCACAAAUAGAAACAGAUUCCAGUGAGCCAACAUAUAACUGUGAUUGUCUUAGUGACAGUGGAGUUAGUUUUACAUAGUAACCUUUCUCCUCUCCACUCUCUUCUAACACAAUCUCCCUUACAACAACCACAAUUGCAUUUAAUAAAUAUAUUUGAAUAUUUUAUAUUAAAUGAAGAUAAUAAAAAUGCAUUUUUAUUAAUCAGUUUUAAAUGAAUAUUUUUGGAUUGUGGAACGAAUUGAAGUGUUUAUAAAUUGCGUCAUGAGUCAUGUGAUUUUUAAUAAUUACUCUCGGCUGGCUUGUGUUUUUUUUAUAUAGAAGGAUAAACUAUUAUUAAUUAGUUCAAAGAAUCCACAUUUUCUCCAAAUAAAAAGACACACAGAUGAAUAGAUUUUAUUAUUUUACCUGGAAUAGACCAUGUUAAUAACGACCGGGUGUUAACAUCUGUAACAGACCAAGUUGAUAACAACCAAAUGUUCAUCUCUGGAAUUUAAAUAAUGUAAAAAAAAAAAAUAAUAAAAUAAAAGAGGGUUGCACAUUUCAAGGUUAUUAUUCAUGAAUAUUUCCACAAUUUCUUAAAAUCCUGAAAUAAAUUUUUAUGACAGGACCCAGCCACAGAAGAUGCAGGUACAUACAAAUGUACAGCAGCCAAUGACUUGGGAGAAUCUAAUGCCAACAUUACUCUUAACUUUCAAGGUAACUAUUUCAAGUGAAUCAUUCUAAACAUAAGAAAAUGCUAAAUUAUUCAACUAUGGUUGGAUAUUUUCUUUAAGAGCUGAAAACUGAUAAAGCAAUGAUUCUCUAGGUAGGUUUUUUUUGCAAGAGAUUUGUUAAACAAAGGAUUUUUUUCCUAAAAAUGCAGCUCCAUAAUUAUUUCAGUUGGCUGCAUUUGUCUGACAUUUUGGUACACAUUAAAUUGUAAAAAUCUUAAAUUUAAUCAGAUUUCGAUAAUUCAUCUAUUAUUUUAAAGAUUUAUGCCAUAUUUAUAACAAGUGGGGACAGAGUGUAUUUAUGGUAUUCUCAAAAAAUUAGAAUCGAUAUGACAUAAAUAAUGAUAGAGGACAAAUCAUAUAAUAAAAAAGAUUAAAUGUAAAUUUAUAUUAAAAUUCCUAUGCACAAAAGUAGAUAAUUAUAUUUAAGCCUAAUAAAAAUUAAGAUUUAUUUAUAAUUGUUUAUUGUUCUGUUUUAUAUACCGUAUUUAUUGGUGUAUAACACGCACUUUUUCUCCCCGAAAAUAAGGGGCAAAUCAUGUAUGCGUGUUAUACGUCGAUAUAAUGUUAAGUUUUUUUCCCUGAAAUUUCCUUCUUAAAUUGAGGUGCAUGUUAUACGCGGGGGCGUGUUAUACACCAAUAAAUACGGUAAUUAACUUAUAUAAAAUUAUAUAUUUAAUAAGCCACAUACAAGUACAAAGAAAUUAAACUUUUGCAAAGGCCGAUUUGCAGUUGCUAAAGUAUACUGACUUUCUUUGUACUAGUGGCUCCCAAAAGGUGCCCCUUGUUCUCUUCUCAUGGGCUCCGUUUCAGCUCCCCCCCCCCCCCACACCCAUAACACUACUCCUAAACACAAUGAACUUGUAAGACACAGGGUAUGCCUCAGGGGCUCCCCAUUGAAAUUGAUUCUAAAAAGGGUUCUGCAUGUAACAAAUUUUGGGAACCACUGCUCUAUUGUACAUUUCGUCUGUUUCAGGAGGAGAGAAACCUGGGAAACCACCAGGAGGUAUUGCUCCUACUUUCAAGGAAAAACCCAAAGUUGCUCAGGACCCCAGUGGCAAGAAUAUUGUCAUUGAAUGUCAGUGCACAGCUAACCCCAAGCCUGUCAUAACUUGGUACAAAGGGACAUCUGUCCUCACUGCCAGUGCCAGGGUUGUACCCACCAUUGUAGAAAAUGGUGAUGAGUAUACCUUGAAGCUAGAAAUUAUUGUAAGUUUGACACCAUUUCUUAUUAGACAUUAAGAGCUUUGGUAGGGGUUUUCAGCUCAAACAAUGCACGCCAAUUAAGAUUAUUUAUUUUAUGCUCAUAUAAGAAGCACCACCAGAAAUAACAUAUUUUGCUCAUAUAAGAAGCACCACCAGAAAUAACAUUUGGCUGUGUAAAAUUACAGAAUUUUACAAAAGAUGAUGGUGGUCAGUAUAAAGUAACAGCCAAAAAUGAUGUUGGAGAAGGAAAUGCUAAUAUCACAAUCAAUCUGGAACCGUAAGUAAAAAUAUAGAUUUAUGAACAGAUGAGUUGCUUUAUAACUGUACAUUUUAAUGAUUGGAAGGAAAUUUAAAUGUUAUUAUAACAAACAGGAUUGGUUAAAUGUGUCAUUUUAUAAGGAUUUUUAGACUGACCAAGUCAAGAUAGUCUGCCGCAUUUGUAUAUUUUUUUGACAUGAAGUUGACAUUCUGAAAUGAAUUAUUAAGUACCAAUUGUAUUUAAUAAAAGUUCUUUUAUCUGUAGACCAAAAGAGCCCCCACCUGUCCUACAAGGUAAGCCAAACAUUCGACUUGAUGAGCCCAACCAAAUGAUCAUCAUAGAACAGGGUGUCCAGUCCUCAGUACCACCCCAGGUCACGUGGUAUUAUGGCAACCAACCUCUGAAAGCUGAUGGCAGGUACAGGAUAGAACUUCCACAAGAGAAAGGAAUCUACUACCCUACAUUGCAGAUCACAAAUGUGAGUCUUUCAACUGAUUGGGUGGCUAUUUCAUGUGAACAGUAUUGAAUAUUUUUGCAAUGAAAUUACAGGUAGAAACUUGAACCGAAAUGGGCUUUUUAAGAAACACCCUUUCUGGAAAAAUGUUAAGAAUCUUUGUUGUUUUGUUAAUUUGUAAUUUUAUAUUGUUGUUCCUUGUGAUUCUUGUAUUUAAUUAGCAUAAAUACAAUAAGACUGUGAUAAUCCAAAUGUCAAAAAUUCGGAUGUCCUGAUCAGAAAAAAAUAUAUUUGUGAAAAUCAAAAUGUAAUUUUUUAGUGACAGUAAGACAUUUUUCCAUAACAACAACAUGUACAAUAUCAAAUGUGAUUGGAAAGGCUAUAGUCAGAUUUUGUAGCUUUUGACUUGUGUCAUCUUUCUUCUUCUUUUUCUUUGUCGUUUUCCAGUAAAAUACUUAUUGUAAGCUAAACUGAUAUUUUUAUAUUUAUUUUACUGUACAGAAGAUACUAAGUUACACGAUGGGAUUUGAAAAUCUAGAUAAGUCAAUAAUCACGAUAGGGGUAAAAAAACAAUUAAUCUGGAUCAUCAACAUCUUACUGUAUAUUGCUAUUUAUUGUUUUCAAUGAACAAUAACAUUAUAAAUAUAUGAUGAUGAUGAUUGAAAUUUUUUAUAGCGCUUGUGCCCAUGCUAUUUUAGCUUGCUCACAACGCUCUGAUUGACUAAAAUCUUUUGAACCAAAAAAGCCUUUAAAUGGUUCUUGAAUGAUUUUUUUUAUCAUUUUCAAUGUCCCUCAAAAAUUGAUGCAAACUAUUCCAUAAUUUAGGCGCAAUAGCUUCAAAAGAGCGCACUCACUAUGACUUCUUUCUGUGUCCAUAAACUGAAAUGAAAAUAUGUCUUUGCAAAUGACAUAAGAUUUUUUAAAUUUUCAUUAUUCUGGAACAGUUCAGUGAAAAGGAUUCUGGCACCUACAAGCUGGUCGUUAAAACAAACGGAGGUGAAGCCACAUCCACUGCAACAGUCAAUGUUUCAGGUACAACUCCACAGAAUGUUAUAUUAAUGUUACUACUUUGCAUAAUUGUUUCUUAUUGUUGGCAUAGUAAUCAGCCAUAAUCAUAAAAUAUCAUAAGUACAGUAUUAAAUAAUCAUGACCGCAUAUGCAUGAUUUGAGCUCGUGAUUAUCUUUGUAACUUUUAAAAAUGCAGCGUUGAAGCCCAAAGUCAAGGGAGAAGCACCUAAGUUUAUCCAGCAACUUGCACCAAAGGUUGGUUUAAGAAUUUUCACUUUCUUGUUUUUGUUUUGUUUUUUACAGUAAAUAGAAAUGCUAGUUAGUUCUUUCAAAUCAUCAUAUAUUCAAUUUGAACAGUAGACAGUAUUGUAUCAAACACUUGUGAUUGAUCAUUUGUAGAAAAUGUGCUGGAACAGUUUCAAUAACAACUGAACAUUUUCCCUUAAAAGUUACAACCACGUGGUUACCUUUUUUUCCCAAAAAUUCAUUGAGUUUGAUCAACUUUUUUCUUAAACCCCAAAAUCAUAAGGAAUACAGUGGCUUUGUUAUAGACUUUAUACGUUUCCAUUUGAGGUUGUUAACUGCUAUAAAAUAAUUUACUUCAAAAAAAAAAUUAUGAACAUGUUUUGAUGUGAGCCUCUUUCAUGUUGAGUUCCUAUAUUAUAUUAAUGGCAUAAUCUGUGUUCAAGUUAAAUUAAGAAACGUUUCACUUUAAGUAAAUAAAUAUUCUUAUAUCUCUUUUGUCUUGUACAGAAUGUCAAUGAUGGAGACAAAGUCGAGUUUGUAGCCAAAGUUUCUGGUACAGAGCCCAUAGAGGUCUUGUGGGCCAAGGAUAAAAAGCCCCUCAAGAGUGGGGACAUUUUUGGCAUUUCCUACGACAAAGGUACAGCGAAGCUGAACAUCUCAGAGGUGUUCCCUGAAGAUUCAGGAGUUUACUCCAUUGAGAUUAAAAACCAGUGGGGAUCAGCAACAUCAUCUGCCAGCUUGCAGGUUAAAGGUCAGUGAACAAAGAUAGUCAUUACAGAUCGUUAGCAUGGAGAACAGAAUAAAGAGUUUCAUUAGGUUAAGUGAGGGCCUAGUCCAACAUUUACCAGACAGAAGUUUGUGUGACUGUCAUUAACUAUGUUCAUUGUCAAAGAAUGAAUUGAGUCUCAAAUCUGUUUUAGUUAAUCGACUCAGAAUUGGUAACAAUGCCGAUUACUUUGAAAUCACAAUUUGUUGUGGACUGCUCUGGGUCCUCUUGCCAGUAACUAUUCAAGACUCUCCCUCCAAAACUUCUGUUGUGCCCUCCUUUCUAUAAAAUAUAUUUGCUUUAUUCAUUGUAACCACAUUUUUAAAUCAAUUUUUUCUCAACAAGAGAGAAUAACUCAAAUAGGAACAGGAUAUCUCAAAUUCAAUAGUCAAAUCAAAAGCAAUUCAAUUUUUUUUUAAAUUUACCAAACCUGGCACAAUUUUAGUCAAAUUGAAAGUAAGACAUAAAUUACCUUACAGGUGCCAGUUAAAUAUCUUAAAAUUCUUAAAACUAUCAAUAUUUUGAUUCUCAUCAAUUUCAACAUAGAGUUGCUGCAUCAUCAUCCUCAAUUUUUUUAUGUUUUUAGAUAUUUUUUGCAUUGAUGCAAAAGAUUCCUAAACCUAGUUCUGAGGCAAUGUGUUCAAGCUGAAUCUAAGUCUUAUUUGUAUGAUGUAUGUGAUCAUGCUAUAAUGGUUCAUGAUUUAUAAAUGAAUAAUGACAUUGUUAUUGCUCAAAUAUUCCCUUUGAAAAGUAGUCAUCAGCUAAUCUUUACCUGUUUGACAAAUAUUUAACACUUCAUAAUAAUGAAUCACUUCAGAACUGCCAGAAGAGAAACUACAGAAUGACCAGAACAAGUCCAAGGAUGCAGGCAAGACUGAAAUUAAAUCGCAACAGAUUGAGGAAUCAAAAAUGGAGAUUCGAACUCAGUCCAAAGCAGUAUGUUCCACAUUUUAA